AUUCAAAGCAUUUAAAAACUAUUUCUUAUCAACUUUCCAUGGAUAUUCCAAAAAAAGAGCCAACUGAUGACAGACUACUUGAUUUUCACCUAGAAAACAGUAACAUAUCCAUUGUUUGUUGUGAUUCUAGGGUAGCAUGUGGAAAGGUUAUGAGGAAUGAACUCUUAGAGAAGCACUAUAAACAUGGGAGCAAGUUUCUGACUUCAUUUCCAGAUGGGACAACACAAAUAUUCUAUCCAUCUGGAAACCUAGCCAUUAUCCGAGUGCCCAACAAGAUAAAUGGUUUCACUUGUAUAGUCCAAGAAGAUGUGCCCACUAACCCUUCCAUCCUGGCAGUGCUGGACUCCUCUGGCAGAAGUUCCUGCUAUCAUCCCAACGGAAAUGUCUGGGUGUACAUCAAUAUCUUGGGAGGUCAAUAUUCAGAUCAAGCUGGCAACAGAGUAAGAGCUUGGAAUUGGUCGAGUUCCAUCGCUUCCUUACCAUUUGUUUCAUUUAAACCUGUCUUUCUGGCUUUGAACCAUUACGUUGGAGUUCGCAUCCUAGAACAAGACAAGAUUUCCAUCACUUUUCUAGCAAUGGGCCAACAGGCAAGAAUCAGUGUCGGAACCAAAGUGAAGCUGCCACACCCCGAGGAGAUCCCGACCCUCCGACACCUGAGCGGGGAAGACCUGCUGCUGCUGGCCACCGUGGUCAAGAUUCGGCGCCUGUUUCAUAAACUUGAAAUCUGUGUGAAUUUCCCCUCGAGCCAGGUGUGGGAAAAAUUAAAGCAACCUUCCUACCUUUCUUCGCUUUCUCUAAAAUUAAUUGCCCUCUGCCACAAUUCCGGUAUAAAGAGCGAUAUAAUAACGACAAUAGUAAGAGAGAUAAUAAAUGAAAAGUUUAACUAAGAA